CAUCGUCUAUACCGUCGGUGGUAAGGACGCGUAUAAGCGAACACGGAAGUGAGUGCGACGGCUUCUCUCGCUUCGGUGGCGUCGUCUUUUCUGAUGAACCCAUAGCAUCAGUGUCGUGAACAUCAGAGGUUGCUGGUGUGGCGUGAAAUUGGACGGUAUAAUGCCGCUCACGCAGAGAUCAAGGGCGACAAAUGUGAAGGAGCUCUAAUCCACCAUGGGAAACACACCAUCAAAGAGUGGCAGCGGAGAGGAGCCGGUCAAAACAACUUUGUUUGAAAAGGAGCCAAGUGGCAUAACAUACAGAAUUCCUGCUCUCGUUUAUCUGAGGCACAGUCACACCUUCCUCGCCUUUGCAGAGAAAAGAUCCUCGCCCUAUGACCACGAUGCCAAAAUUCUUGUUAUGAGAAGAGGAGCGUUGAAAGAUGAUGGAUCUGUUCAGUGGUCGUCCAGUCAGGAGCUGUUAACAGCAUGUCUGCCCAACCACCGCACUAUGAAUCCUUGCCCUGUGUAUGAAAAAAACAGCCAAACACUGUUUUUGUUUUUCAUCUGUAUCUGGAGGAACACCACAGAGAUGAGGCAGAUCCUCACCGGGAAGAACAAGGCCCGUCUUUGCUGUGUUAGCAGCAGCGACGACGGGCAAACCUGGAGUCAAGCGAAAGACUUAACAGAAAGCGUGAUUGGCGAUACGAUCCACAAGUGGGCCACGUUCGCCGUGGGUCCAGGCCACGGUGUGCAGCUGGAGAACGGCAGAUUGAUCAUUCCAGCGUACGCCUAUUAUGUCCCUCACAGGUGUUGUUCCUACCCAAUUCCUUUCACGGUCUACCCACGUGCACUGUCAGUAUAUAGUGAGGACUUUGGCCAGACGUGGCAUGUCGGUAAGAUGCUUCGAAAAAAGUCGUGUGAAUGUGAAAUGGCGGAGAUCAUAGACCACGAGGGAAGGAGUCAUCUUUACUGCAAUGCUCGAAACACUGGAGGUCACAGAUGUGAGGCCCUGAGUGAAAACAGCGGUGUGUAUUUUGACAAACCCCACAUUGCUCCAGAGCUCGUUGAACCACCUUCCGGCUGUCAAGGCAGCGUCAUCGGCUUCCCAGCUCCUGAAUUUGUCCCGAAUGAAGAUGCUGAAAGCAAAGCCUGUGGCACAUCGCUCUUGUCUCCAGACACGCAAACCUGGCUCCUCUUCAUCCACCCGACCAACAAGUCUAGUAGGAGGGACAUGGGCGUGUACUUGAACCGAUCCCCCCUGCACUCGUCAGGAUGGGACCGUCCCAGGAUCAUCCACAGGGGACCCAGCGGCUACUCAGACCUGGCUUACAGCGGAGACAAGGAUCAGUUUUCGUGCCUGAUGGAGUGCGGGAAAGAAAGUGAACUCGAGCAGAUUGCGUUCAUGUCGUUUACCCUUAAUGAUGUCAUGCAGACAGGCAGUAAGAAAGACAAGAAGAUGCGUUGAAUCGCGGUUGCUUUAUUUCUGUGUUAACAAAGCUCUCUUUAACAUUCUCCCGCAACCUAAAAGUCCAAACAAAAAGCCACUAAAUAUGCCGUGCAGUCACAUCUGUCUGUGUUUACUGUUGUUCUACAUUCUGGAGAUGAUGAUGAUGAUGCAUGCAUGAGUCGUGUGUUUUGUUGUCUCCUUGUUUACAUAAAAAAAGUAAUUCAAGUCUUAAUAGUAUCAAUAUGCAAGCAGCUGUCUAAGGAAGGAAACUAUUUUUCAAAGGUUUGGUUGCUGAUUUCGAGCAUGCUGUGCUGGACUGCCAUCUUUAAAACAGGCUUUGUGUGUAGCAUGUUUGACAAGUACUUCAUACCCAUUUCUGCAUCUUAUUAGGCUGUCAGUGUUUUCUGAGCAGUGGAGAGAAUUUGCCUACCUCUUUUUAUUUUCAUAUGAAGAUCAUAGCAGGCCUUGUAAAGUAGGGCGUAGGGUUUCCUCUAUGCUCAGUCUCUCCUUAACAUUUAGUAUAUAUACUCUGAUUCACAUAUGCCUUCUACUCCACUGUUUCAACUGAAGCUGUGCCACAACCUGUCAGUGCACACCCUUUCUUGUCGGUCACAGUGGGUGCCGCAGAGUUGGCGACCGAACUGGACACAAAAGCCCUUCGCUUUUUACUUGCCACAUCCAGCUAAUCAACGAAGAGACCAACCGAACUGUAUGACGUCUGUGGGUUUUUAAAACAUUUGAUGGAUUACUAGAGAUAUACGUCUGUCAAGAGCAUUUGGGGCUACUUUGUACUGUACACUGAUUUUUUAUUACAUUCAUUUUCAAAAGCAAUAUUUCACUUGGUUACAUUGUUUACUUUCAGCGCACUUGGCAUGGUUUUCUUAACAGCCUUUUUUUUUUCCCUCCUGGCAUUAAGUGCAGCAUUAUGACCAGAUAUGAUUGGUUGGCUGUUGGUUAUCAAAUGAAAGCAUGUAAGAGCAUGUAACAGCAGAUGAAGACUCACCAUUUAUAAAGCCACUAGGAAUUUGCACACACAAAACCUUGUACUGGGCGACUUUUAGCGUCCUUCUUCGCCUAAUGUUGUGAGGCAAAAAUGCCUCCAGGUGGUUCAACACUAGUUUCAUUGUGUUUUUGUUGACUGUUGUGGAAAGUGACAAAACUUGCAUGAAACAUGUAUUUUAGUAGAAAAUAAAAGUAACCUGUGAUCACCCAACUCAUCUUUUGUUCAAUUAUGCACACAUUUGUAUUAUAGUGCAAUUACAGUAAUUAUUGCUUUUAAUAGCUGACUGUUGGGAUAAAUCAUUUAAAAAGACAAGUUAAACAGUAAUCACCUGUAGACAGGGGUAAGGGAUAAAAUAAUAGAGAGGGCAUAGAUGUGGUUUUAAAAGCAGCUAUAAAAAACACUUUAUCAGCUGUAGGGAGUAUUUCAUUCCCUCAGCAGCUAAAGGGGGCUUAUGGCAUGUUGAAAUGUUGUGAAAGGCUGUUGUACAGCGGCCUGUGGGGAGUUGAGCGUGAUUCACCAGAUGUGCAGACAGCAGGGAUGAAUUAAGGACAGGGAAGAGUGUUUUAAGUUGAGGACAGAAUGUGGAUUUUCUGUAUUCAAGUUUUCCAAAUAAUAUGAUGUCUCUUCUGGUAUGGGUGUUGUAGUUAUUGAUUGGUUUACAUGCAGUAUCUGGACAAAUUAAAAUGUAAAGAUCCCCUCCAGACAUGUAUUAAGACAUAUUUACAAAUAAUUAGACCUGAAGAAUAAUGUGUGU